UUUAUCCAAAGCAACUUUCAGUAUAUUCAAGCUAUCCAUUUUCCCAUUAUGAUUGUUCCCUUGGAAUCAAACCCAUGACCUUUGCGCUGUAGACACGAUGCUGAGCUAUACAAAGACCUUAUUUCAUAAAAAUGAUUAUUGAACUAAGGUUGAUGUGUCGGGCAGGUCGAGGUCACACAAACCUGAGCAGCAUUUCAAUCAUGUCAAUGUAUCAGGGAAAUUAGCCUGCAAAUGGCUUCAUCAUAGUUGUCUCCACAUUUAGCUGGAAUAGGAAAAAUUGUUUAUAACAUCAGAAAAUCACACAUUGGUUGUCAGUGUGUCAUAUUUUCAUUUAUCUCUUGUAGUCUACUGUCUUAUGAUGAUAAGAGCUAUAGUUUCCCCCAAAUAAACAGGUGACCUUGCCCCAAAAAACAAAAGGUGCUUAAAAAGGAUUCUUCACGGCGAGUGAUGGUUUUGCUAUCCUAACCAUGCCCAAAUAUUCACCAUUGAUUUUCCAUCACUAUUCUAACCCGAGUUGCACCAUUAUUCAACUUCACAUAUUCACCUGCAAGAAAGGUCAUUUCAACACACACACAUGCAUUGUGCCGUUACUUAUUAUUUCCCCACGUGACCGAGAGGAAGCAACCGUUGAUCUGAUUCAUUAAGUGCGCUUCAAUCAGAGUUUAAUCCCCUUUAAUUUGAAGAGCAUCUCGGCAGGCGUUGACAGACAGAGCAUAUAAACUGGACUUCUCUCGCAGGCGUUAGCGGAGGUUGCCAGAUCUGCAUAAAAGGGCAGAUUCCCCCCGCAGAGCUCAAACACCUGCAGACGCAUCAAAGGAUUAAUGAAACACUCAAGAGAUGAAACGCACAAAGCACCUGAACCCCGAGUGCGUGCUGGGAUGUGCAACAUGGCCUUUCUGUGGUUACAACACACAUAGAUAAACACAGCCAUCGGGCACAGACAUACAGGGAGUGCUGAGGAAAUCCUGCACGAUUAAGCUCAAGACUUGACAGAUAUUAACCAAGCUGGUUAGAGCUGAUAGACAACACUGGACCAGUAUCAAACCAGCCUAACUGACAAUUUCCAAAAACUCAACAGCUUGACCAAGGUAUGAAAGUAAUGGUUGUUUUAAGAACUUACACUCUUAAAAAUAAAGGUGCUUCAUGAUGCCAUAGAAGAACCAUUUUUGGCUGAAUGGUUCCAAGAACCUUUAACAUCAAAAGAGCCUUUCUGUUUUAAAAAAAAUAGGUCUUCGUAGUGAAAAUGUUUCUUCAGAUAGUAAAAAUCUUUCUUCUGUGAACCUUUGACUGACAAAGAAAAUGGUUCUAGUGUGGCAUCAGUGAAGGUUACGUGGCGAAUCCAAAACUAAAUGGCGUCUCUCUCUCUCUCUCUCUCUCUCUCUCUCUCUCUCUCUCUCUCUCUCUCUCUCUCUCUCUCUCUCUCUCUCUCCACACACAAGAGCAGCAGCAGCAGCAUCAUCUCGAGGCGUCUGUCAUUUCACAAUGAGCGCGUCACCGCAACUUUGGAUGGAGCGCGCGGUAGCAACAGAUGGAUGCGCAAAAGUACAACCUUUAACAACACGCGUGACUUUAUAGUCAUACAUAUUUUCAUAGCAAAUUAUAACUGUUCCAAAGGAAAAAACAGUUCACAAUGAGCGUAACAAACGUGACGCGUAAUUUAACGAAUCAGUUCGUCCAGCCGCCGUGGCGCGUCGCGGUCUGGUCGGUCGCCUACAGUUCGGUGCUGGCGGUCGCCGUGUUCGGGAACCUCAUUGUCAUUUGGAUCAUUUUGGCCCAUAAACGGAUGCGCACGGUGACGAACUAUUUCUUGCUCAACCUGGCUUUCUCCGACGCGUCGAUGGCCGCGUUCAACACGCUGAUCAACUUCAUUUACGCGGCGCACGGAGACUGGUACUUUGGAGAGGUUUACUGCAGGUUCCAUAACUUCUUCCCUGUUACAGCCGUGUUUGCCAGCAUUUACUCCAUGACGGCUAUUGCAGUCGACAGGUACAUGGCCAUAAUUCACCCGCUGAAGCCUCGGCUGUCAGCUACAGCGACUAAAGUGGUCAUUCUCUGUAUCUGGGCACUCGCUGUGAUUUUGGCUUUUCCGCUCUGUUUCUACUCAACCACGAAAACCAUGCCUCGCAGGACCGUCUGCUACGUCGCCUGGCCGAGACCUGCUGAAGAUUCGUUCAUGUAUCACAUCAUUGUAACAGUGUUGGUGUAUUUGCUCCCCCUGGUGGUCAUGGCCAUUACGUACACCAUAAUAGGAGUGACACUUUGGGGAGGAGAGAUCCCUGGAGAUUCAUCCGAUAACUACGCUGGACAACUGCGUGCCAAAAGAAAGGUGGUGAAGAUGAUGAUCAUAGUGGUGGUGACUUUCGCCCUCUGUUGGUUGCCGUAUCACGUCUAUUUCAUCGUGACCGGACUAAACAAGCAAUUGAACAAGUGGAAGUCGAUCCAGCAGGUCUAUCUUUCUAUUCUGUGGUUGGCUAUGAGCUCCACAAUGUACAACCCGAUCAUUUACUGCUGUUUAAACAACAGGUUUAGGGCUGGCUUCAAACGGGCCUUCAGGUGGUGUCCCUUCAUCCAGGUAUCGAGCUAUGAUGAACUGGAGCUCCGCCCAACACGUCUCCACCCAAGAAACCAGAGCAGCAUGUGCACACUUUCACGGAUCGACACCAGCGUUCACGGCGAUGACCCGUGCCACAGCAAUCGAAAAAGUGCAAAGUCCCAGAGUCACAUUGAGGUCAAAGAUGAAACCGCUAAAUACGGUCUUCACAAAGAGCCGACGUUUGCAGCCGUGCAGCUCAGCUGAGUCGUGACGUAGUGGUUACAGAGUCGGGCUUGCAAACCGAAGGUUGCUGGGUGUGGGUAGUAUGGGUUACCAUCCAUUGGCCAUCACAUCACUUUUAUACUUCACUCGGGGCUGUGUCUGAAAUCUCCUUCUACAGCCUUAUCCAAUAUACCUUCUGAAUAUAGGUUUCAAUUUCAGACACAGCCUUGGGGUUGGUGUUUAAUUUUAAGCUGCCCAAAUUCCAAUACAGACUUUCUAAAGUUUGGAUUUCUGAAUGUAUUAAAGUUUUACAGAAGAAUAUGCCCUUUAGAUUUACUCUACCGACAGAUUGUACUGCCUCCAAGGGGACAACAUUGAAACUUUGAUUGAGACAAUAACUAUGACAAGAACACAAAUGUAGCUUUGUGCACUGUGCUUAUUAAUGCUUAUCAUUUAGGCUUUAAAUGAGACAUCAGCAUUAUGCAUUGGUAAACGUUUCAACAAGUAGCCUACUAGAGUUGUCACAUGAUCUCACUAUUGUUUUUUGACUUUCAAACUACUUUUGACUGAAUGUAAUAUGACCCUUUAAACAUGUGAGCCAUCUUUUACUGUUCACAGUUAAAAUUUUAAUCAUGGGAUGUUGAAUGAAUGUUUUAAUAUUGUCAGUAAAAAGGAAAACCAAUAAAUGGAAGUAAAGUGGUUAGCAUAGAGUGAUGUAAGUAUUUCAGUAAGGUAUGUUUUGAUGUCUUUUUGAUAUUGAUGUAUUAUGAGCUGUAUGACAAUAUAUGAUAGUUAUUUGUAAUGAUGAACAUUAGUGAUAAUGUACUUCUGAUUAGACGACUCCGGGUCGGAUCUGCACCGGAGCGGCUGACUUCCACUUACGAAAAUAACCAUGUUUUUUUUUUGUGUGUGGUAAAAGUGUAUUUUUCUGUAUUUUAUUAUGCUUUUAUUCAUGUGAAGCUGCUUUGAAACAAUUGAACAAUUGUGAAAAACGCUAUAUAAAUAAAAUUGA